ACACUGGCGCCACUGGCGGCACCGGCCGUAAGCACGAAGCAGCGGGAAGGGAAGAUCGGCCAUUUUUGUCGAACGCGUUUCUCCGCGUCGUGUGUCAAGAUGAAGAUCGGCCUGUGCGCGUACAGCGGGUACAAGAUAUAUCCGGGCCAUGGCAAGACCAUGGUCAAAGUUGACGGGAAGACAUUCACCUUCCUCAACUCGAAGUGCGAGUCCGCGCACUUGAUGAGGCGAAAUCCUAGGAAGGUGACAUGGACCGUUUUGUACAGACGUAAACACAAGAAGGGUCAGGAGGAGGAGCAGACCAAGAAGAGGACGAGGCGUACUCAAAAGUUCCAGCGUGCCAUCGUUGGCGCUUCCCUCACAGAUAUCUUGGCUAAACGUAACAUGAAGCCAGAGAUCCGCAAGGCACAGAGGGAACAGGCAAUCAAGGCGGCAAAGGAACAAAAGAGAGCUGCAAAGGCAACGAAGAAGGCUGUAGCGCCUGCAAAAGCAAAACAGGUGGCAAAACAGAAGGUUGCCAAGGUGACGCAAAAGUCCGCACCUCGCGUCGGAGCAAAGCGUUAAAGUCUGUAGCUAUAUAAAUAAAAUAAAAUAUAAAUUCA